GAUUGCAUUUUUUGUACUCCUGCCAGGUGUUUUUAGUCUGGCGACACUUCUCUACGUCGGGUACAUAUUUCCAUUUACCGCCGCCACUCCUCUUAUAAAUUUAUCUGUCACCAAGAUAUCGCCCCUGCAUCUGGAAUUUGUCCCUGCCGCAGCAGUUUUGGUGUUUUAAGGCCCCUAGUAAAAAAAUCCAUUUUCCUUCUGGGUUCAGUUCGUCAACAAGCCCCCUAUCUUUCGGCUAGCGCCAUGGAUUUAAACCUACAGCUAUUAGUCGAUAUCCUUGAGGACUUUGAGCGCCUUCGUUCCGGUGAUACACAAAACUGGGAGAAAGUCGCUGACUGCUCACUCGAAAAAUAUAAUGUUAAAAUUUGGAGGACCUCUAGUUCACGCACCGACACGCACAAGUAUAUUUAUAAAUUACUCGGUGUUUUCAAAGACGUCUCGCUGGAUCUCUUUAGCCACUUUUAUGGAGACUUGGAAACGCGCAAGUCGUGGGACACUCGUACUCGUUCAAUAGACGUGUUGGGGAAGGUAGACGCCAUCUCGUUAGAUUCUGAGCACUCUACUAGCGAGGGACAGCUGAUUCGCUGGCAGAUUCCAGUGGGCUGGAUGUUUAGCGACCGUGUUUAUAUUUUCACUCGCUACAAAGUUUAUUUCAGAGGUGCUCAUUUCUUUGUAGACGUACAACACCCAAAGGUCGAUGACCCAGCCCUCACUAAAGGUGCCGUCGCCGUCAAAGACUAUAAUGCCGUUACCCUCUUUACAGGUGAGGGAGACUCUGUUUUGAUGUAUCAAAACUUUGUAACUGCUUUUGAUUUACAAAUGUCUCUGCCGAGUUGGUUCAUCAACUGGGCCACCGGUCUUGGACUCCGAGAUCUGAUCAGCAGCUUCAAAACAAACUACUUCAUUUACUCUAAGAAUUUGGAAAAACAAGGGCAGGGUGAUUCAAAUUCUGACGCCGAUAGUAGCGAGGCAAAUAAUGCCAAUCAAAAUAAAUAAAUUAUCUUUGUAUUUUUGUUAA